AUGACGGUCCAAAUAUUCCCAUCCCUCCGUGAUGUUGGUAAAACAAAGGGAUUAUGUGGUACCCUCACUAAUGAUUGUAAAGACGACUUCCUCAAAUCGGAUGGAACACAUUUUACAAACGGAGAUACAGCAAGAGAAUGUAACACACUUGGAUUGACAGAUUAUAGCUUUCAGCCGGAUGAAUUUUCUUUUUCAUGGAGAGUCGAUGAAGGAAAUAAUCUUUUCAAGGAGGAGCCUACUUUUGAUGGAAAUCACUGGGGAGCCAACAAGCAAUUAUGUAUUUGUCGAAAAGACACUAACAAUGUUGACGGCGAUGAGUACAUAGAUUGUUCGUCAAGUUCAAUUGUUACUUGCAACAGAGAAGAGGAAGUGAAAACUCCUCAGACAUGCAGCUCAUUUUUAAAAAAGACGUGGUCAGCUCCCAUCAUACGAAGAUCAAGAUCAAAAAGAUCUCCGUAUAUUACAUCACAGGAACUUGAUAAAUCAGUAGCAUGGACUGAAGCUGAGGCAAUUGAACAAUGCAGAUUGUUUAUGGAUAAAUCAGCAUCUUUCAAAUUGUGCAAAGAUGUUCCAAACGUUGACCCUACCAUAGCGAUUAACACUUGUGUUCUAGAUAUCUUGCUUACAAACUCUACUCAGUGGAUGAUAAAUGCAAGAGAGGGCAUCAAGGGUAAAUGCUUAGCGGAAGUUAGAGUAAACGCGACACUGCAAAAUGAAACCGAAAGUGGAGGAGCUUCCAUCGCUGAAAUAGUAAAAAAUGCCAGCUGCAUUAAUGAUUGUCUUGAAAGGGGACGUUGUGAGAAUGGAAGUUGUAUUUGUGACGACGGUUAUGGCGGAGGUGAUUGUGGAAUAGACUUAUCCAUUCCACCGAUCAUUUAUGGUAUGAUUGACAGCGGAUUGUGUGACCAAAGUUUGGUACCAUGCACGGAAGCAUAUAUUGAAGGGGACGGGUUUACCAGUGAAGGACGUCCAAACUGCAGAAUCAAGAAAUUUCAAAUUAGUCUUAUCGGGUCAUUGCAAAUAGAAAACCAGUCUGUAGACCGAAAAGGAGAUCCUAGCACUUUAAUGACAAUGUUCUGUCCUAUUAGUAGUAGUACGGCCAAAGUUAAACAAUCGGUCCAAGAGCCACCGUUUAUUACUGGAUAUAGAAUAUCAGUCAGUAAUGAUGGUUUAAAUUUUGGGGAAGAAGAGGACAUGUUCAUUUUUAACUCAACAUACCAAGACUUUACGGUUGUGGACGGGAAAUAUCAGUUUUCUCUCAAGUCAGGAUUUUGCUUUAUCGACGGUGAUCCAUAUCUUGAAGGAACAGUGUCUUCCUUUGACGUUUGUCGAGUGUGUUUACCUGGAAAAUCCUUAACGGAGUGGUCAAGCAGAGCUGAUCCAGAAUGUAGAGUUGUGUUAAAAUCAGAAACAACUUCCGGUUUGGGUACCGGUGCUAUUACUGGGAUUGUAAUUGGCGGAGCUGUUGCUAUUAUUUUGGUUUCCGGUCUAAUACUUUGGAAAUACAAAAGUGCAAGACCAAAACGUUUUAACUCCAAAGUUAGUAUGCACGGUUUGGAUAAUGAAACAGCUGUUACAAUGCAACGAGACGCAUAGGAGUAUGAACAUAUAUUCUCAUUUGAAGUAAAAAUCUCUGCUAAAGAUUUAUGAGUGCUACAAGAAUGACUUGAUGCAGCAGACAAAAAUAAAUAAAUAUAUAUAUAUAUAUAUUAGAUAUA